AAAGCUUUGGGAUCGGUGACUCGAUUCCAAAUUGUUUCACUGAAAAGCGGACUUAUUUUCGACGAGGUUAUCUGGUGGCGGGCUUGUUUACAUUGGAACUGCAGCUGAUUAAAAUAAACCCGGACUAGUGCCACUGGUGGAACGUGAUUGUUCGUUCGAUUUUCAGUUAAAAGUGAAACCUUAGCGCGAGGAUGCUGGACGUGGUGGCUCUCCUACUGAUCGCCCUGGCCGUGGCCUUUUGGUUUGUGCGCACGCGCUUUAGUUACUGGACUCGCCGAGGGAUUAACAGUGUUCCUGGACACUUUCCCGUAGGUAACAUGGAGGGUUUCAGGAAGACGAAGCACUUCAUUGAUAUCGUGACGCCGCUGUACGAGAGAUUCAAGGAUUGUGGAGCUCCGUUUGCGGGUUUUUUCCUGAUGCUGCGCCCAGUGGUGCUGAUCCUAGACCUGGAACUGGCCAAGCAGAUUCUGAUACGAGACUUUGCCAACUUCGAGGAUCGUGGAACGUACCACAAUGAGCGCGAUGACCCACUUACGGGUCACCUGUUCCGUAUUGAUGGACCCAAGUGGCGGCCGUUGCGCCAGAAGAUGUCGCCGACGUUUAGUUCCGCCAAGAUGAAGUACAUGUUUCCCACGGUGUGUGAGGUGGGCGUGGAGCUGGGCCAGGUGUGCGGCGAGUUGGCGGAUAAUGCCAUGUGCGGCAUCCUUGAAAUCUCGGACCUGAUGGGACGCUACACCUCCGAUGUCAUUGGACGUUGUGCCUUUGGCGUGGAGUGCAACGGCCUGAGGAAUCCGGAAGCCGAGUUUGCAGUUAUGGGCAGGAGAGCCUUCACAGAGCGGCGACAUGGCAAGCUAAUUGAUGGGUUCAUCGAGAGCUUUCCCGAUUUGGCCCGGAUGUUGCGCAUGUGCCAGAUUCAUCAGGAUAUCACCGAUUUCUAUGUGAGAAUCGUCCGAGAUACUGUGCAUCAAAGGGAGGAGCAGGGCAUUAUAAGGAAUGAUUUCAUGAAUCUGCUGAUCGAGAUGAAGCAGCGGGGUGAGCUCACCCUCGAGGAGAUGGCCGCCCAGGCGUUCAUUUUCUUUGCAGCGGGCUUUGACACCUCCGCUAACACCUUGAGCUUUGCCCUCUACGAGUUGGCCAAACAGCCGGAGCUGCAGGAGAAGCUGCGCCGGGAAAUCGACGAGGCCUUGCGGCUGCAUCAGGGUGAAUUCACCUACGACUCGAUGCAGGAGCUGCGCUACAUGGAGCUGGUCAUAGCAGAAACCCUUCGAAAGUACCCUAUUCUCCCGCAACUCACUCGGAUCUCUCGUCAUCUGUAUGCCGCCAAAGGUGAUCGUCACUUCUAUAUAGAACCGGGUCAGAUGCUCCUGAUUCCUGUGUAUGGUAUCCAUCACGAUCCUGCCGUAUACCCCGAGCCCCACAAGUUCAUCCCGGAGCGGUUUUUGGCCGACCAACUUGCCCAGCGUCCCACCGCCUCCUGGCUACCCUUUGGCGAUGGACCACGAAACUGCAUCGGGAUGAGGUUCGGGAAGAUGCAGGCGACCAUUGGACUGGUGAACCUGCUCAGGAGCUUUCACUUUAGCGUCUGUCCACGCACCGAGAACAAAAUCGAGUUUGUGAAGUCGAAUAUUCUGCUGUGCCCUGCCAAUGGCAUUUACCUGAAGGUCCAAGAGCUGAGCCAAGUGAGGAGAUAGUGUUCUGUUGUACAUUUUUACACGAUUUUAUAAAUAAUGUUAUUGAUUUGCUUAUCAAUCUA